GCGACAGAGAGGCGAUUUGAGAUCGUGACUUUUGAAGGUUCUGAAAUGGAUGAAGAACAUCGAGAUAUGAAAGCACACAAAGCAUACUACCAGAGGGUUGAUUUCGUAUCAAAUUCGCUGCAGGGGAUUUCCCAACUGUGCCCCUGUGGAUCAAUCACGAAGGAAAUUGUAGAUGAAGAGGAUACAUAUGACUACCUCCCUGGGAAAAGAUACUUCAUCUGCAAAGACUUCGAGAAUGACGGUCUGCAUUACAGGCAACCAUGGGUUAUGGGUGUGCAAGAAGAGGUUGAGAGGCUCAAACAAAAAGUUCUCCGCCAUGAGAACCUUCUUAGAGAGUGUGAGGCACUUAAGGCACAGGUUAAAAUGUUGGUAAAGCGGGUAUCUGAACUUGAGCGACUCUUCUGA